CCGAAAAAUCACGAUCCAUUCCUUUGAAACUCAGAAUUUUCCGUACUCUUCCAUUAUUUCGUUCCCUCUCCCUCAGGAAUAAAAAGAUACAAGAUCUACAAAUCAUCACUGUUCGUUGUCGGAUCUGAAAAAAUAAACAAGAAGAGCAAGAACUAAUCAGAAUGUCAAGCGACACUGAUGACGAAGAUGAGCUUCUCCAGAUCGCGCUAAAAGAGCAAGCGCAGAGACAUUACCAGAAGGGCCCAGCUUCCAAGGCCAAGCAGGUCACAAAUCUCGUUCAGCAACCUUCUCACAGGGGUUCUGCACCGAAAAUGACUAGCUCGAAGCCUGCUCAGAAACCUCGUCAAACUGUCGAUGACGACGACGAUUCGGAGGUCGAAUUGCUGAGUAUCUCAUCCGGAGACGAGGAUAAUUCCAAGGAUCGAUCGUAUGCUGCCAAGAAUCGGGGUGCUGGAGGUGGUGGAAGGGGGGGAAGAGAUGAUGCUGGCGAUCGAGGCUGGGAUGGAGGUGAACAGACAUGCUGGAAGCAUGUUGAUGAGGCCGAGCUUGCCCGUAGGGUUCGCGAGAUGCGAGAGACAAGAGCAAUCCCAAUAGUUAAGAACUUAGAGAGAAAGGGAUCAGCAAUGGGACGAAAAGCACUUAACAGUUUACAGUCCUUCCCUCGAGGCAUGGAAUGUAUAGAUCCUCUUGGACUUGGGAUAAUAGACAACAAGUCACUAAGGUUGAUUACUGAGUCUUUGGAAAGCUUUUCAACUAAGUAUGAUAAAGAUUAUCUGGACGCAACCACUCGCGAGAAGCUUAUGUAUUUUUCUGAGAAGUUUGACUCAAAGCUAUUCUUAGCCCGGGUACACCAAGGUACAAGUGCUGCAGACUUGGAGGCUGGUGCCCUUGCUUUAAAAACUGAUCUUAAAGGAAGAACUCAACAGAGAAAGCAAUUAGUUAAAGAAAAUUUUGACUGUUUUGUCUCUUGCAAGACUACGAUUGAUGAUAUUGAAUCAAAAUUGAGGCGGAUAGAGGAAGAUCCUGAGGGUGCAGGAACAGCUCAUUUGUACAAUUCUAUAAAUGAUGUCAAUUCUCUAGCAAAUCGUGCUUUUGAAACAUUAUUUGAGAGGCAGGCUCAAGCAGAGAAGAUCAGGUCUGUUCAAGGAACACUGCAAAGAUUCCGAACACUGUUCAACUUGCCAAGCACAAUUCGUGGGAGCAUCAGCAAGGGUGAAUACGAUUUGGCAGCUAGAGAAUACAUGAAAGCAAAGUCGAUUGUUCUACCUUCCCAUGUUGGAAUACUUAAACGUGUUCUUGAGGAAGUGGAAAAAGUGAUGCAAGAGUUUAAAGGCAUGCUUUAUAAGUCCAUGGAAGAUCCACAAAUAGAACUAGCAAAGCUUGAAAACACUGUGAGACUAUUGUUGGAGUUGGAACCUGAGUCAGAUCCUGUGUGGCACUAUCUAAAUAUUCAGAAUAACAGAAUUCGGGGUUUGUUUGAACGAUGCACCUUAGAUCAUGAAGCAAGAAUUGAAGCUUUGCAUAAUCAGAUCCGUGAGAGGGCACUUUCUGAUGCAAAGUGGAGGCAAAUCCAACAAGAUACAAACAAAUCUUCAGAUGCCAACUCUUCCGAUAUUCUUGGGGAUGGUCAUUCGUCUGUAGAUUUGGUUGGUGAACAAAUGGAUGCACUUAGGGGAAGGUAUAUUCGCAAGUUAUCUGCUGUGCUUAUCCAUCACAUACCUGCCUUCUGGAAAGUAGCACUCUCUGUAUUUAGUGGGAAGUUUGCAAAGGCUUCCCAAGUUUCUACUGAGCCAAAUAUUAGAGCUCCCAGUAAUAAGUUCGAUGAUAAAGUUGGUGAUGCAAAGUACUCAAUUCAUUCUCUUGAUGAAGUUGCUGGGAUGAUACACAGUACUAUAUCUGUAUAUGAGGUCAAGGUCCUUAAUGCAUUUCAUGAUCUUGAAGAAUCAAAUAUUCUAUGCCCAUACAUGAGUGAUGCUGUAAAGGAAAUAUCUAAAACAUGCCAAGCUAUUGAAGGGAAAGAUUCAGCUCCUCCUAGUGCUGUUAUGUCUUUGCAUUCACUCCAUCUGCAAAUCACAAAGAUCUACAUAUUGAGGCUCUGUUCAUGGAUGCGGUCAAUGACAGAAGCAAUAUCAAAAGAUGAAUCAUGGGCACUAGUCUCUGUUCUUGAAAGGAAUAAAUCUCCAUACACCAUAUCUUCCUUGCCUCUAGCAUUCCGUGCAAUGAUAUGCUCAGCAAUGGAUCAGAUCAAUUCGAUGAUUGAGAAUCUAAGGAAUGCAUCUACAAAGUCAGGUGACAUUUUUGAGCAGCUCCAAGAAAUUCAAGAAUCUGUAAGAUUUGCUUUAAUGAACUGUUUCCUCAAUUUUUCAGGUUUUCUAGAGCUGGUUGGAAGUGAACUCACAGAGAAUAAGUCAGACCAUGAAACUUCAGGUUUAGAAAAUGGAUUUGCACAUGAACCUGAUGGGAAAGAGCAAGGUCUUCACCCUGGAAAUAUUACUGGUGAUCCACAUCAAAAACUUUUGAUAGUCUUGAGUAAUAUUGGAUAUUGCAAAGAUGAGCUUAUUUAUGAAUUGUACAGCAAAUACAGACAUAUUUGGAUGCAGUCAAGAGAAAAAGAUGAAGACAGUGAUGUACGAGAUUUAGCAAUGUGUUUUUCCACACUUGAAGAGAAGGUCCUGGGACAGUAUACUUCCGUAAAGGAAAAUUUGAUCAGAACUGCUGCAGUAAACUAUCUAUUGGAUGCUGGAGUUCAAUGGAGUGGAGCACCUGCUGUCAAAGGUGUGCGAGAUGCAGCUGUUGAGUUACUGCACACUCUUGUAACUGUGCAUGCAGAGGUUUUUACUGGGGCUAAGCCCUUGCUGGACAAGACACUGGGUGUCCUUGUAGAAGGCCUAAUAGAUACUUUCCUCAGCCUUUUCCAUGAGAACAAAUCAAAAGAUCUCAAGUCAUUGGAUGCAAAUGGUUUCUGUCAGCUUAUGCUUGAGCUUGAAUAUUUUGAGACUGUAUUGAACCAAUAUUUCUCAACGGGUGCACGAGAAUCUUUGAAAUCUUUACAAGGAGUCUUAUUGGAGAAGGCUUCUGAAAGCAUGACCGAGUCUUCUGAGGUUCCAGGGCAUCUGCAUAGGUCAACUCGUGGCAGUGAAGAAGCUAUUGCUGAUGAUCGACAACAAGGAAUGACUGUAUCUGAAGAUGACCUAAUUGCUCUUGCACAGCAGUGUAGCUCUGAGCUGCUUCAGGUGGAGCUGGAGAGGACUCGAAUCAACACUGCAUGCUUUGCAGAGUCGAUUCCUUUAGACUCUGUUCCGGAACCAGCAAAAAUCGCUUAUGCCUCAUCCAGGGGGCCAAUGGAUUCUCCCAGCAGAAACUACAGAGGAACACAAUCAUUUGGAUCCCCAGGGUACACACGCCAAAGAUGCAGAUGACAUGGUGACAUUGUAUAGUUGCUUUCCUCUUUCUCCCCAUCUUGGUAAUGUAAUUUGUUUGUUGUAUUAUUCAUUAAUUUUUCAAUUCACCCCAUUCCCAUUCUUUUUCUGCCCUUUUUGCAAUAUUGAUGCAUAGAAGGGCAUAGUUUUGACUUGAGUAUCCAUCUCCGAGUAUACAAGUUCAUAUUGGCCUUUGAUAAUUUUAUUGUUAUAUCUAUCCCCUUUUUUCUAUCCUA